UGCAAAUACCAUGAGUCGAAUGAACCACAACAAGCCAAAAUGGGACGAAAGCCACAGUGCCAGGAAAGGAAACAAAUUAAAGCCAAACACAUGGGAAUCAGGUGGCAUAGGAAACCUAACCACAAAAUACAAUUACUUAGCUUUGUGCCUGGUUGGAGUUAUCGGAACUGCGUUUGACUUUUUCAUCAGAAACAAGAAAGCCAAGAAGCAAAUCCUGAAAUUUUGUUCUCUUCUGGUUGCGAUUGGAAAUCUUUUGAUGGUGUGCUUUCAAGCCACUGGCGGUCGAAACCGAAAAUAUAUGCGGAGAUCAAAUAAACAUAAGUGAAAACCUUGUGGAGAUUGAAUAAAAGCAAUUAGA